CUCGGCACCUUGCUUCUCCGUGAUUGGCUCGUGCGUAAUGAGUCUUAAUUAUUGGCCUCGCGCGCAGGUGACGUCUAUAAGUGCACAUGUUGGCCGAAGAAGAAAAAAGUCUCUUCCGAGCGGCGAUGCCUUGCAAUCCCAAAACGAGAAUAGGUUUUAUUUUCUUAGUUGUCGGUGUUUAUUUUUAUCCAUUUCAGCCUUGUUGUUCGGUAAGUUUAGGACAAAGGAAAGAUGGUUCGGUCACUUACCGAGGCGGCACCGAGUCUUCGACCGGCUGGGAAAGGACUGAGCGCGAGCACCGACAGCUGGGGCGCGUGGUUAAGGAGGUGACAUGGAGCCCAAAGCUACAUAAAGCCAAUGAGCCGGAUUCUUUCGAGCCUCGGACUGACUCUUCUUCUAAUGGUUACCCAUUGACCCAAACCAGCUCACCAAAACUGGGUCAAACUGGCACCAACUUUACGCUCGGCACCUCGACUUGGACCACCGGUGAAGUCCGACCGGAAGGAAAGUCCUCAUCGGAUCCAGACUCUGAAGAUGGGUAUCAAGCAGAUUUUGCAGGUUUUUUUGACAAACAAGGGAAGAUUUGGGGCCUGUCAGAUGACUCCAGCCCAUAUUUCUCUGAUUGGGAAGCAAUGCAGCCUUUGGUUGAGUGCAAUGAUGACGUCAUGACCCUGACUGUUUCUGGUCAUGGAUACACACACCUGCAAGUGGACAGAAAGCGCUCCUCUCCCAUCUCCAUUUUCCAGUUACCCUCCUCCUGUGGUUACUCAGUGAAGGCAUCAUGGCAAAAUCUGGAGAUGAUGGUACCAUACGAUGGGUGCUACAUCUACAAGGAGAAUGGCAGUUAUGUGCUGCCCUUGCUGUGGUUGGGCAGCCCAGUGAAGCUGUCCUGCACGAGGAAGAUGUCCACAGCUUCUCCUUUGUUCUCCCUGGCUGCCCCUUCAGUCUUGUGCUCCAGUUAUGGCAUGGCAGUUCAAAUACACAGGAAGAAGAAUAAUCUACCUGUGCUAUCAGUUAUAAUGGAUGGAGCAAGAGGUCCAUUUGUAUCGCAAAUGUGUGCAUUCCAGGUCAACUCUCAACCUCAAGAGUUUACUUUCCUCAUUUCCCACAAAGCACCUUGUAUCACUACUGAUGAUGGUUUGAAACUUCAGCUUCUUUUAGAUGAUUACCAGUAUGUUCUCUCCUGCCCAGUCAUUUCUCAAUUUUCCACUUUACCCUCUCAACCUGAGUUUUCAGUUCUGUCUCCUGGUGACCUUCGGUCAUCUUACAGCCCAGAUACCAUCAGACCCAAAUCCACUUCCCAUUUUGUUCAUUCUCCCAAAACUUCAGACCAGAAGCAAACUGCCCAUUAUGAAAACUACUCCCCCGAUUUCUACACUGACUUCCAGUACCAUCAACUGCCCCAAGUCAACCAUCCCUCGCCACAGUCCCCUCGCCCACCUCAGCUUGGCAGUGACCAUUUUCCUGGGUCCCAAAUGUCUGAGGAGUACCCAGCUGGAUCAGGAAAAUUGUCUCGCUCUUUUGAUGGACACCUGCGAUACCCACUUUCUCAGUACCAUUUUCCAGUGAAGGAUCGUUCUCAAGUUUUUAAAUCACCUGGUCACCUUCCUAAAUAUCGAUAUCUGUAUUAUCCCAACCUGCCAUUUUCUUACAUGUCAUCAACCCCAAAAGCCGAAGAAAGUCCCAAACCUCCAGCAGGUUCUUAUUAUCCAAAGUACUACCUACCAUCUUACCAUCUUGCAACCACAGCAGAACCGGUGACCCAGUCCCCAGUUACAGUUCCCCCUCCUUUCCUUCCACCAAAACAAACUGAAAGUCAUCCACAUCAAACUAGUCCUCAAUAUCCACCUCUGUCUUAUCACCACCACAAGCCAGAUUUUUACUCUUCUCUGCAUCCUUAUGAUUCUCUGCCCCUUAGUCCCACAGUCGGUACAACUGAUCAACCCAAACGUCCUUCCAGACCGUUCAACCUGCAAAGUCAUCUUUACUUUCAGCUGCCAACACAUGUUGCACCUACCAGAGAGAACAUUCAGAAACCAAGGACUCCCCAAGGAUAUAACUCGUACAGCUACCAACCAAAUCGCCAUAUCCCCCAUCUCUCUUUGCCCCUCUAUCCAAAGAUCCAACCCCAUCCUUCUUUGACUUAUGAUCCAAAGAUCCAACCCCAUCCUUCUUUGACCUAUGAUCCAAAGAUCCAACCCCAUCCCUCUCCAUCUCUCUUUCCGAACAAAUUGUUUUUGCCCCUUUAUCCAAUUAAUCUACCAUAUCCCUCUUUGCCCCAUGAGCCAAAGAUCCAACCCCUUCCCUCUUUGCCACCUGAGCCAAAGAUCCAACCCCUCCCCUCUUCAAUACCUGAGCCAAAGAGUCUACCCCACCCUUCUUUGUCCCAUGAACCAAAGGUCCAACCAAGUACAGAAACCCCUUACACUACCAGCAUAUUCCCUUACACUACCAGCAUAUUCCCAGACUUUCCACUUCCCAAGACUCCACAUCUCCAAUGUCUGAAGGAUAAGAUGGCUGUCUUCCUGCCUUUUGCUAACCCAGAAUCCCUUCAAGUCAGAGACCACACAAAAACAUGGCAGUUUGUCUCCACUGUGUCUCCGCUCUGUGGGUACAUGUUGCAGAGGAUUGCAGAUCGUGGGUUAAUCCUCCACUCUCCGCUGCCUGCAUGCCACAGCAACCUACAACCUCCCACGACUAUUUCCUUCCCCAUCAAGUAUUGGGACUUUUCCGUUUGGCAAAAUCGGAAUCUGGAUUUGCUAUGCCCGUAUCAAAGCAGCCAUGAAACUCAAAGAAUCCCUGAAACUCCAGCCCCGAUUGAGCCGUCCAAAUCUGCCAUUCCACGGAGCUCCUCUAUUGCUCAGAUUGCCACCAAGGCUGAAGUCUUCUGCUCUUCCCAUCAGAUGAAAAUAGUCCUUCCCGCUGGUCCCGUUUCUGAAAUAGUUCUUAAAGAUAUUGAAGGGAAAAAGAUGAAUUUGGAUGAAGCCCCAAAACACUGUGGGUAUUACGCCAGCAAUGACAAAGACGGCAAAAUCCUUCUGACUCUCCACUUGCAGUCCCAUUGUCACAUGAGUAUGCAGAAUGAAAGGUUUGUCAUCAGUGUGAUCUACAUGACUGAGGAUGGAAGAAAGGAGACUCAGAUUUCCUGUCCAGUUGUGACCCCGAGGUCCAAACAUGAGUGCAACCUUCAGCCUGAAUACCGCCUCCCCUGUGGGUCCAGCUCUAUAUCCCAGACAGAGUGCCUCUCCAUGGGCUGCUGCUUCAACAAGCACCCCCCUGCCUGCUACUACCCCAUGGAUGAGUGCACUAUUGACCGCCACAUGAUCUUCUCUGUGCCUUCCUCCCUCACGGACCCCCCUCUUUCCCCUGCUCGGCUUGUCGCUGCCAGCAACUCUACCUGCAUACCUCAGAGAGCGACCGCUGAGUACGCCUUGUUCAAAAUCCCAAUGGAUGGCUGUGGGACACGCAGAGUUGUGUUGGGGAAGACUGUAGUCUAUAUGGUUGAAGUCACAAACAUGGUACAAAAAGUCAGACUCAACUACGGUACCAUCACACGAGACUCUCCUGUCAGGUUGCUGGUGGAGUGCAGGUAUGUGCCGGGAACAGUUCUGAGUGUCGGCUACGUGGUUAAAACUCCUACCUUUGGUCCUGAAAUUCAUACCCAGGGGGUGUUUGGCGUUCAGCUCAGGAUUGCUAAAGAUGCUGAGUACAGCAGUUAUUACCCACAGUACCAUCAGCCGCUGCAUAUGUUGCUGGGAAAACCUCUCCAUCUUGAAGUACGGCUCCUCAACUCCCCAGAUCCCAGUUUGGUGCUGCUGGUGCAUUUCUGUGUGGCCUACCCCCGCUCUGGGAAAGCUGUGUGGGUGCUGCUUUACAACGGUUGUCCCAACCCCUUGGACCCGGCCCCGCCAGAGACUGUUUUCAGUGAUCCCACACCUUCAUCUCCUCAAAGUCAGACGCGCCGCUUCAACAUUCGCACCUUCCAGUUCCUUCCUGAUGGCGACUUCCAGGACAUAAAUGAAGAGAUCUACUUCAUGUGUUCGACGGAAAUCUGCUCACCACUUGAUGGGCCUUGUGUUGAGGGAUGCUUUGGCCAAUGACGAUGCGAGAAUUGAUGCUUGAAGUUGGAAUGAUCUAGUAGGUUAAUAAAUAUCUUAAAACCA